UCUCCUCCAUUCGCUUCGCUAGCUCUUUACACAGAGUCCCCCGCAGCAGGCUAGGCUAGCAGAAGCAGAUCGAUGGCGCUCUCUGGUCGCAUGGCCGCAUCCGCCCUCCUCCUUCUGGUCCUCCUCGUCGCCACAGAGAUGGGGGCGCCGACGAGGAAGGUGGCGGAGGCGCGGGACUGCCUGUCCAAGAGCCACAAGUUCAAGGGCGCGUGCCUCAGCAGCAGCAACUGCGCCAGCAUCUGCCGCACCGAGAACUUCCCCGGCGGCGAGUGCAAGCUCGACUCCUUCGCGCGCAAGUGCUUCUGCAAGAGAGUCUGCUAGCUUUGCCCUGCUCGAUGCUACCUACGGUUGCUAGAUCAUCCCGCGCCGGUAGCCUAGAUCUGUUCGUCAGUGCUUGUUCCUGUGUGUCCCGCAAUAAUAAAGUAGAGAAUCAAUCGGGGUCUCGAUGGUCUAGUUGGCCGUAAGUCGUGCUUUUCUUUUGCUGCUUUGUGUGUGUUUGUUAUGUGACAACACAAGGUCGUUGUUUCAGCAUGGACGGACAUGUGCAACGCAUCUUUCUGUCUCUCUGAUCGUUCGUUUGCUGCUACUAAAUUCGAAGAGAAAUGCUAUUGUUGUGACUGCUGGUACAUUUUAA